CCGACGGACCUAUCACAGUAUCUAUCUAGGUCUUUACAGGAGAGUGUUGUUCCCAUCGCGCGCCGAGGAAGGGUAGAUACUGGUGGGCAGCGUCACCCUCGUUCUAGAAAUACGUCUAUAAAUAGCGUUGGGGCAUGCAGGUUCAAUUUGAACGCGUGCCGAAGGGAAGUAGAUAAAACUCAAACCCGGCAUUGCCUAGCUGAAAACGUCGAAAAUGUCGAAAAAAUGCAGAGGUAGAAGUCAGCAGGGAUGAUGAGAUGCGGGAGUAAAGCGAGUAAAACAAUCAUGCGGUCUGUUAGCCAAGGUUCGAGAAAUCAGAAUGCCAUCAAAACAUCACACCUCACGUGGAGCUCUUUUGCAUUUCUUCUUCUUUACUAAACUACUUACCCGCAUAUAUCAUAAUCGUAAUUCAUCUGUGCUCUCCUGCCCUAUAUAUAAUGCCCAGCCCUGUCUGCUCACUCUCACCGUCCUUGCUUUCUCCCCACAAGCCAGGACGUCCUCCUCCCCGAACCCCGCCAAUUCGGUGAAGAGCUCCAGAGACCAGCGAUAAUGGCUCCGUACUUCCUCCGCAACCUCCUUCCGAAGCGGGACAAGACCGUAAGGCAGCGCACACUCCUCGCUGCUAUCGCAUCCUUCACUCCUGUCCAAUGGCUCCAGCUCUUCUGCGGUUGGCUCGCAUGGACUUGCGAUGCCAUUGAUUUCUUCAGUGUAUCGCUCAGUGUCACCGCCCUUCAGCACCAGUUCAACAAGCCAGUGAAUGAUAUCACGACGAGUAUCACGCUCACUCUUCUAUUCCGGUCUGUGGGCGCUGUCAUAUUUGGCAUCUUGUCCGACAGAUACGGACGUAAAUGGCCACUCGUUGUGAAUCUCCUACUUUGUGCCGUACUCCAGGUUGGGUCUGGUUUCGUACAGACGUUCCGUCAAUUCCUCGCUGUCCGAUCGCUCUUCGGAAUAACUAUGGGCGGCGUAUGGGGUCUCGCAGCGGCAACAGCGCUGGAGAACUUACCUAUCGAAGCCCGCGGGCUUGUCUCUGGUAUCGUUCAGCAAGGAUAUGCGGUCGGCUACCUCAUUGCUGCCGUCAUCAACUUGCGUCUCGUACCCGCCGUUCCAGCAGACUGGCGGGCGCUGUUCUGGACAGCAUCAGGUAUCUCCGCUUUCGCUGCCUUCGUACGUGCAAUCACACCCGAAUCCGAGCUGUUCUUGCGUGCCAAAGCUGCGCGUGCGGCUCAGGGAGGUGCACAGACGAAGCACAAGACGCGCGUGUUCAUUCAUGAGACGAAAAAGAUGCUGUGCCGACACUGGAUAUUAUGCAUAUACGCAGUCCUUCUCAUGACAGGGUUCAACUUCCUCUCACACGGCAGUCAAGAUCUCUACCCAACCUACCUACAGCAGACCAAAGGGUUCACCCCCGACCAAGCAACAACCGCGACGAUUAUCGGGAACUGCGGUGCUGUCGCGGGCGGAGCGAUCGCCGGGUGGGCAAGUCAGUACAUCGGAAGGAGACUUACGAUUUUGUUGUUCGUCUUGAUCAUUGGCGCGUUCAUCCCGUUGUGGAUCUUGCCGGAUGGGUUUAGUCCACUUGCUGCGGGAGCGUUUUGUAUACAAUUUGGUGUACAGGGCGCGUGGGGAGUUAUCCCGAUCUUCCUUUCUGAGAUUUCUCCACCUGCGUUUAGAGGGACCUUCCCUGGUGUUGCGUAUCAACUGGGUAACAUGGUAUCUUCUGCAGCAUCGCAGAUUGAAGCUACCGGAGGCAAACACCUCAAAACAACAAUCCUCAAAGACGGUAACCUCCAAAUCGUACCAGACUACGCAAAAGUCCAAGGUAUCCUCAUCGGCGUCGUCGCAGGCUUCGUCUUCAUCGUCACUAUCAUCGGUCCGGAACAUCACGGCGCGCACUUCGAGCGGGCAAAGGCGGCGUUUGAGGAAGGUGCUGGUGAUGACCAGUUGGAUGACGGUACAAGGGAGUUGGUGGAUGGGGAGGAUAGAGAGGAUAGAGAGAAAGGAAGUCCGAGAGAGAAAGGAAGUCCGAGAGAUUCGGUGAGGGUGGAGGAUGAGAAGUCGUCGCAGGUUUGAAUUUGUGUGUGCUGAUGAUGAUUUUCGUUCCUUUCUUUCUUUAGGAAUGUUGAGUGUCAGUUUGGGAGGUUGCCUUAUGAAUCCACAUGUGUUUUCGUUGUUUCAUUAUCUACUCCUGUCAGCUACGAAAUUGUGCUGGAGGGUAAAAUUUCGAUGACCUUCAUAGCUUUAAUGUAUUACUACUACUUUGUUUCUUUUAUACAGCCUGUUGUCUCCUUGACUUAUCUCUAGACUCUACAAGCUC